AUGACCCGCUUUCUCCUUGACACAUCGUCUGACUUGCUUGUAGACUUGGUCGCGGGUGCAACCUUGCACCCUUCAACAAUCCCCCGGGCGGACGGCAAGAACCCCCACCGCAUCCGCAUUCCGCUCAUUCACAUCUUGAUUUCCGCGACUCUGACGCGGAACUCUCGGAAACUCGCCGCCAUCGGCAUGCCCCACGCUGAACUCAUCACAGUCAACGACGCGUUGGACGACAAUUUUACAGAGAAGCCACUGGUGCUGCUCGAGCUGCUGCACACGUUCGAGUCGCAGCUCAAAACUGUAUUUACUUCGUCGAUCAAUGCGCAUCGUCUGUGCCGUCUGCUGCAGCUCUUCUCGUUGGAGCCGUAG